UUGGGUUCCUACAUUACCCACAAUGCCAUUCGACUUCCCCGGUUGUCAUCAUUUAGGGGCGCAGAGGGAACGCGGAAGCUGGGAAUUCUGGGUAAUGCAGUCUGCCGUAUGAGUCCGUCUCGCACACUUCCGCGAUACACAACAUCCAGACGCUAACGGGUUUAUUGAGCAGCUUUACGGUCCAGGAGACAUUUUUAAAGCUGAAACGCUUUAGAGUAAAUGUUCUUACUGGAAACAAAGGAAUAACGGUGAAGGAGACGAGGCAGAAGUUUGGAGGAGAAAAAGCUUCACACCACUGCAUUCAUCUGCAACCCUUUCAUUUGGGAAUAAAGAGUAAAUCUUUUUAAACACGCCAUGUCUGAGAAUGUGGAGAAGAAUGAGGCGUCGAACGGAGACUGCGCAUGCGCACUGAAGGGCAGUGACACUCCAGAUGCCAGAGGAGCGGAGGCUUUGGGAGGAGAGCCCAUGCAGGUGGACGCCAAAAACCACACACCCACCUACAGAUACAAUCUGAGCUACUCCUCUAUCGGCCACUGCAUCAUCAUCAACAACAAGAACUUCCACAAGAGCACCGGCAUGAACCAGCGCAACGGUACGGACGUGGACGCCGCAAACGCCAUGAAGACUUUCGGGAAACUGGGCUACAACGUGAAGGUGUUCAACGACCAGACGGUAGAUCAGAUCAAGAAACUUUUAACUGCAGUUGCCAGGAAUGACCACAGCAACUGUGCCUCCUUUGUGUGUGUGUUGCUGAGUCACGGAGACGAGGGUGUGUUCUUUGGGACAGAUGGUGCGGUGGAGCUGAAGUUCUUGACGAGUCUGUUCAGAGGAAACCGCUGCAUAUCACUAGUGGGCAAACCCAAGCUCUUCUUCAUCCAGGCCUGCCGAGGCACAGACUUGGACCCUGGCGUCGAAGUUGACAGUGGCUCAGAUGAUUCGAUGAAAAUCCCAGUGGAGGCUGAUUUCCUUUACGCAUAUUCUACAGCACCAGGUUACUACUCGUGGAGGAACACGCUGACUGGCUCGUGGUUCAUGCAGUCCCUGUGCGAGAUGCUGAGUAAACACGGCCCAGAGCUGGAGCUCAUGCAGAUCCUGACCCGCGUCAACUACAAGGUGGCGCUGGACUUCGAGUCUGCUUCCAACACGCCCGGCUUCCACGCCAAGAAGCAGAUUCCCUGCAUUGUGUCCAUGCUCACCAAAGAGAUGUUCUUCACUCCCUGAAUGCAAACACACACGUAUGGAAUAGGGAUGAGACCACAAUCAGACCACUUUUUUUUUUUUUUUUUUUUUUUUUUUAAAAUAGGAGGUCGCACUGUUACGUCACACUGUUCUUUACUUGGAAUAUUACAGAAGUAGGCAGCAUGCAACGCAUUACUGUUCUUGUAUUUAGCAUUUGCCUGUUUAAUUUGCUUCUUGGUUUUAUUUUAAAGCAAGGCCAUCCGUCACUCAACCUCAGUGGGCGGGAUCAGCUCUCAUCAUUGGUUUAUGGAGCAGUAAGGCAAAAGUAAUCUUCAUUCUCACGGCAAAUUUAAUGCCUUAUUUCUAGGCCUUAUUUUGAAAUAAAACCAAUAAGGAAAUAAAACUGCCAUAAAGCCUAAAUAAGUAAAUUUGAAAAACAAUAUACUGUAACAUAGAAAUGCUACUACCUUCUUGGAAAAAGGGGUUGGAUGCUUAAGGGGUUCUAGGGGCUCUGCAUUGGACCUUUAAGGUGCCAGAUGUACAAAUCCUUGACUGUGGCUUUGAGGAAAUUUCAAAAUAGGUCAGUGUCGCUUUAGAAAGAAACUUUGGGAGUUAGCAUUUCUUUGGGAUGAUCACUGCAUCCAGAUUACUUGAAUAUUUAGCUAAUUGGUCAAAAUUUCACUUUUCAAUCUGCCCCCUAGGGGUCAGAGAUUGGGAUGAGGGUUUUUUUUUCCGUUAGUCAUAUGUAGGAUUCAUUAGGAAACGAUAGAACAUUGUAAAAUGAGCCAUGAAGAUCUUUUUAGGGCAGUAAAAAGGAAGGAGCUAACAUUUGUCAUUGUAAAAAUGAAAUUUGUUACAGUAGCUAUGGAUUAUCAUUAGCUAUGGAAAUGUGUAUGUGUGGUGUAAUGCUUGCACAACAGGGACUCAAACAUUUUGUUGUCGUAGUUGUUUUCCUCACAUCAUUGAAACUAAAUUUACACUGCAGAUACACAACGAACCACAAUAUGUACCUUAAACAAAAAAAAGACAUUUCCUAUAAUUAUUAUACCACAGUACAUAAGCUGCGUUCCAAUACUGUUUUUAACGCACAUCAUCGACUUCCUACCAUCAACUACACUCACUGUUAAAAUGGUUAAAUUUGUCAGAAUGCUGUUGCUAGGCAACUGGCAAACACAACCAACUAAUGACUGAGGCUUUCUAUUACCUAGAUAGCACAUAACGGCUUUAUACAGACAAUGUAAGGGCAGUGUGGCAGUGAAAAUAAGAUAAAACUGUUAAAAAUAUCUACUUUUUCCUCAGACGUGUUGGUAAAUUACU